ACAUAAUUACUGCGACAAAAAAAGAUACCCUGCAUUAUAAUUUUUGGCACGUAUUAGCAGAUGAAGUAACCUAUAAAAAGGUUUCACAAAAUGUGAUAUUUUUAGUUGUUCUUGAAGAUUCAUGAUGGAUCUUCUUUGGAUUUUGUUGACGACCCUAAGCUUAAGUCACCUGGUUAAGAGCGAACUUUUAACUCCUCAAACUAACUCAUCUGUGACAACGGUAACAUUAUUGGAAAAAUAUGGCUAUCCUGUCGAAACCCAUGAAGUUACAACUGAAGAUGGAUACAUUUUAGUAAUUCAUCGAAUCCCAAAUCCUGGUAGUGCAAUUGCCUUUAUUGUGACCGGUCUUUCAGCUUCUUCUAGCGAUGCAGUAAUUUUAGGAGAUAAUUCUUUGGGUGAAAUUCUGUUCAAUGCUGGUUUUGAUGUUUGGAUUGGUAAUUCCCGUGGGAAUGACUACUCCAAUAGAAAUAUCAAUUUUAGUAAUCAAUCUCCUCAAUUUUGGAACUUUUCUUUCAACGAAAUUGGGGUUUAUGAUUUCCCAGCUAUGAUCAAUUAUAUAAGUGAUAACACAGGGAUACAACAAGUUAGAUUCUUUGGACAUUCACAAGGAACUACGGCUUAUUUAGUUUUGACAUCUUUGAUGCCGGAGUGGAAUGAUCGUUUCAUAGCAGCCCAUUUGUUGGCUCCAGUUGCUUUUAUGAGCCAUUUGACAAAUAAAUUCAUCAACUUGAUAAGUCCAGUGGCUGGACAACCAAAUGCACUAAAAGAGCUAAUUGGAAGCAUGAAACUCAAGCCUAGCAAGGAGACAUUGUUGGUUCUUAGUACCUUACUGUGCCCCCCUUCAAGACCUGAUCGUAUUCUAUGUGAAAAUUCGCUCUUCCUUACAACUGGAUUCAAUGAAGAUACUGUCGAUAAUGACUUCAUACCAGACAUCAUGGCAACAACUCCAUCAUCAGCAUCUACAAAUCAAUACCUUCAUUAUGUACAAGAGUUUAAUUCUGGAUAUUUCCGAAAAUACGACUACGGGCCUCGAAAUUUGCUCGAAUAUGGAAGUUUAACUCCUCCCAGUUAUGAUUUGAAUAAUGUCAAAGGUCCUAUUUUUAUGUACUUUGGCGAAGCCGAUGAAUUUGUUGCUAGGACUGAUUUAGAUAUUUUAAUCGAGAAACUUCCUAAUUCAACUGUGGCUGGAGUGUACGUUGUUCCGGUAGCAAAUUUUGAUCAUUUAGCAUUCUUGUAUACUAAAAAUAUUCGCGAAAAAGUUUAUAACAAGGUUAUGGAAGAUGUUGCUUCAACUCAAUAA